AAAAAUUAAACUCUUUAUUACUUUUAUCUCGUUUUCGUCACGUUGUAAAAGUUUCUUAUUUUCAGUAUGGGUCGUGAUCGCAGGGAAAAUCGUCAAUCGAGCUCUCACAAUCGCAAGAAAAAAACUCGCUCUCGCUCUCGCUCCCGUUCCCGAUCCUGUUCGCGUUCCCGUUCCAAGCAGCGUCCGUCUCAAUCCAGUUCGUUAAACAAUGAAUCCUCUAGGGUUAGUCGUCGCAGGAGUCGCAAAUCCUCUGCCUGGGAUAUAGCACCGUGUGGCUAUGAGAAUCUCACGCCGGUGCAGUACAAGGCAAUGCAGGCGAGUGGCCAGAUCGCAUCCAGAAUCAUCCCAGAUGCGCCUCCAACGGGCGAAUCAGCGGCCAUAGCGACGGUGACGCGACAGGCGCGUCGACUGUACGUGGGAAACAUUCCGUUUAGUACUUGCGACGAGGAUAUGAUGGCAUUCUUCAAUGAACAGAUCCGGCGGGCUAAUGGUGGAGUCCUGCACGAUGGCAAGUCUGUGCUCAGUUGUCAGACGAAUCUGGACAAGAACUUCGCCUUCCUCGAGUUCCGUUCGAUGGAGGAGGCCACACAGGCCAUCAACUUUGAUGGCAUCAAUUAUCGCGGACAGAUACUGAAGAUACGACGGCCUCAUGACUAUCAUCCGGUGGCUUCCGUGACCACUUUGGACAUCCCGAACACGGUGAAGGGAUCCCAUAUGGCAAUCUCUGCCCUGGUCCCGGACUCACAGCACAAGGUCUAUGUAGGUGGGUUGCCCACCUGUCUGAAUGAUGAGCAGGUCAAGGAGCUGCUUGUCACCUUCGGCCAGUUGCGGGGAUUCAAUCUGGUCAAGGACUCCGUAACGGGCCAAAGCAAAGGCUUCGCUUUCUGCGAGUAUCUGGAUCACGGUAUCACGGAUCAGGCCAUUGCCGGACUUAAUGGUAUGCAACUGGGAGAUCGCAAGCUUGUGGUCCAACGUGCCAUUGCCGGAGUUAGAAGUCUGGUUACCACUCAGUUGCCAGUUGUCCAGGUGCCUGGAUUUUCACCGGAAAGCAUCUCAAGUCAGGCCACUGAGAUUCUCUGCCUGCUCAAUAUGGUGCUGUACGAGGAACUGAUGGACGAUGAGGAGUACGAGGACAUACGCAAGGACAUCAAGCAGGAAUGCGCCAAGUACGGGAAGGUGAAGAGCCUCAAGAUUCCACGUCUCGUCGGGGAAGCCCCUCAAGGCGGUUGCGGCAAAGUCUAUGUUCGCUUCGAGACCGCCGAGGAUUGCAAGAAGGCUCUCAACGCUCUGAGUGGUCGCAAAUUCAGUGGACGCAUUGUAAUGACGUCCUUCUAUGAUCCCGACAAAUACAAACGCAGAGAAUUUCAAUAAAAAUGCAACCUGAGAUAAA